AUGAGUGCUCUUUCUUAGGUGUAUUUAAGGAAGUACGGCUAUCUGCACAUCCCACUGGACAGUAAAGGGCAAAACCAUCCACCUGAGGAGAUAUUGGAAGCCCUAAGAAUCUUUCAGAAAACAACAAACCUGCAAAUAUCAGGAAAACUAGAUUUAGCCACUAUGUCGAUGAUGAACAGACCUCGGUGUGGACAGGAGGACUAUUUCAACAACAAAUCUCUUAGAUAUCGAGUUAUGGGUUAUUGGCGCAAGAAGAUGCUGACCUACCGCAUCUAUAGUUACACCCCUGACUUGGGUCAGGGAAAGACCCGUUCGGCCAUCCAAAGUGCAUUUAAGUACUGGAGCGACGUGUCACCUUUAAGGUUCAAGGAAUCGGACCGAGGAAGAGCAGACAUCAAAAUCUCCUUUCACAGAAAAGACAAGACGUGUCCAGUUCCCUUUGAUGGACGAGGUCAUGUUUUAGCCCACGCUGAUGCCCCUGAUUCAGGCAUUGUGCAUUUUGACGAGGAUGAAGUGUGGACAGAGGGGAAGGCCUCCGGCACCAACCUGAGGAUCGUUGCAGCCCACGAGAUUGGCCACGCUCUUGGCCUGGGCCACUCACAACAUUACAGCGCACUGAUGGGACCUGUUUACAACGGAUACAGCUCAGACUUCAAGCUACAUCCGGAUGACAUUCAAGGGAUCCAGGCUUUAUACGGUAAUAGAUGUUGUUCCUUUUCAGGAAAGCCAGAGAAGACGCCUCCGUCCAGAAAGCCAAGUCAGUCGGUGCCAGGUGUUAUUCCAGAACCUUGCAAGGCCUCUGUGGAUGCAGUAAUGUUGGGUCCUCUUCGUAAGACAUAUGUCUUCAGUGGUCAGUAUGUGUGGACGGUGUCCAGCUCUGGCUACAGCACUCCCGUCUUGAUCUCUGCGCUGUGGAAGGAGCUGCCAGGGAACAUAAAUGCUGCUGUUCAGUCUCAGCGGACCGGCAAGAUCUAUCUUCUGAAAGAGGACAAAGUGUGGAGAUACUCAGGUUUCAAACUUGACCACGGCUUCCCCAAACGCUUGACCAACAUCCCUUCUAAUAUUGACUCAGCCUUUUACUUCAAUAAGAGCAAAAAAAUUAUCUUUCUCAAAGGCUCUGGAUACUGGCAGUGGGAUGAAAUUGGCCCGUCAGACUUCAGUUCAUAUCCCAAACCUAUUGGAAAACUCUUCCACGGGGCACCCAGCAACACUAAUGCUGCAUUCACAUGGACAAAUGGACACAUAUACUUGUUUAAAGGCACCCAGUACUGGCGUGUAAACCAGCACUACAAAGCAGUGGAGAAGGCCUACCCGCUGAGCACCGCCUCACACUGGAUGCACUGUGACAACUGAGCCACCAGAGGACAGCGGGGAUUCAGCACAAACUUUUAC